AUGGCGCAACUACCAACUACCCAACACAACAACAACAACAUUGGUUAUCAAAGAAGACAUUAUAUAUCAUUCAGCUUGCCUUUUGGUCUGCUCAAGUCACCGCCCCCAACACCUCCAGUUCAUUUGAAGCGACCUUCAUUGUUCAAGGACACCCUGGGCAACGAGUGGACAGACAACUAUGCUUGGAUGAGAGUGAUGGAUCAUAAUGAUACAGCCGAACAAGAGGUGAUGGAUGCCAUGGACUUGGAGAAUGCAUACUGCCAGCAGGUCACCGACAUUGACCCGGACUUCCAGCGCCUGGCCAACACAUUGUACAAAGAGAACGAACAGACCAACGUCGUCAACACGGGCGUCAGCUUCGAGGAGGACAUUGACGGCUUUCAAUACAAGGAGAACAACGAGGGCACUUACUAUCGCCAGCGCACCAACGAUCGCACUGGAAUGGGCGGCAGUGUUCAGACCCUGUUUGUAAAGGGCGAGCUUGGCGGCCACUAUCUCACACGCAACGACAUCAUGGCAUUCAAGUUUGCAGAGGACAACAAUACAUACUCAUUUGUGGCCGAUGUUGGAAAGGAGCAGUAUCAUGCAUUCGUACUGCGUGUUGGACAAUCAACGUCACCAGACGAUCUCAAGUAUCAAACACACCUCUUGGAUCACAUUGAAGAUGUUAUUGGCAUUGAAUGGGGAUCAAACAAUGAUCUCUACUAUACUAUUCCCAAUGAACUGAGGCGACCACAUCGACUCUACCGAAGAGUCAUUGGAAGUAAUGAGCCCGAUCAACUCAUAUUCGAGGAGCCAGACGAUCAAUACUUUAUCGAUAUCUCAAAAUCAAAGGAUGGAAAAUACCUAUUCUUCUGUUCCAACAGCAAGAGUUCAUCAGCUGUAUACUACAUCAACCUGGAAGAGCCAAACAGCAAGCCCAAACUAACACUGAGUAGGAUGGACAACCUGGAGUAUUACGUCGAUCACUGCAAUGGUCAAUUCAUUGUGUUUGCCAACAUUGAUAAGAAUGACUUGGCUAUAUUCACCGCGCCAAACUCAAUCGAGGAUGCUAGCAUUGGACAAUUGAAACAAUUGAUUCCCACUGAAGCCAACUUGAGUAUUAGAGACGUGGACGUCUUUCAAGAUAAAUUGAUAUUGUGCGAGCUGUACAACUCAUCACCAAGGAUAAGGAUUAUAUCCAAGAAUGAAUCAACAAAUCAGUUCGACCCGGCAAUGUCGCACGAGGUCAACUUCCCUGAAGUGUCCUCCAUCGCACUUGGUGUCAAUCAAGGCAAGACAAAGAGGAGGGUCAGGGUCACCUGCACCACGCCGUUCAUUCCUCAACUGGACUAUGACAUCGACCUGUAUGACUACAGCAUCACCAAGUAUGAGCCCUCCACAGUCAAGGGUGCGCUCACCCUCGACCCCAACGAGUACCAAACCAAGAAGGUGUUUGUCCAGUCCAAGCACGACACGGACAUCAAGAUACCAAUGUCCCUGGUCUACAGAAAGGACAUUCAACUCAACUCCAAGAACCAGACAUUGAUCAAAGGAUAUGGUGCGUAUGGCUCAGUAAUGGAGACAGGAUAUGAGUCUGACGAUCAAUCACUUUUGAAGAGAGGAUGGGUGAUUGCUUACGCGCAUACAAGAGGUGGAGGCGAGCUUGGACGAAGCUGGUACGACAAUGGAAGACGACUGAAUAAGAAGAACACGAUGAACGACUUUGUCGACUGCGUCGAGUAUCUGUUCCAGCAGGGCUACACCAGCCCCGCGCACCUGGUGGCGCGUGGAUCGAGUGCAGCCGGCGUGAUCAUGGGCAACAUGGCACUUCACUACCCGCACUACUUUAGCGCGAUCGUUGCCAAGGUGCCCUUUGUGGACAUCAUCUCGGCCAUGUCGGACGAGAGCCUACCGCUGACCAUCCACGAGUUUGGCGAGUGGGGCAACCCGUCCAGCAGCCAAGAGAUGUUUGAUUACAUCUCAUCGUACGACCCCUACAGGAUAAUACCGAGCGUGCUGACGCAGAGGCACGACUCGAAGCGCGCCUACCCACCCCUGCCCUCGCUACUGGUGACGGCGUCACUGGAGGACAUUCGCGUGCCCUAUUGGAUGCCGCUCAAGUGGGUGGCCAAGCUGAGGGAUGCCAUCAGCAAAGGAUCAAAGUCCGAGUCUGGCAUUGGUACCAAUCAAAAACGCGAGGACAAUGCACUAUUGCUAAGAGUGAGUGAUCACGGACACUUUGGCUCCAAGUUCCGUCAGCCCUACAUUGAGUCGCUCGCAUUCGAGUUGGCAUUCAUCAUUCGAUCAGUUGAGAAAUCGACCAGCAGCAGUAGUAGCAACAACAACAAACAUCAAUCCUGA